AUGGUGUGGUUGGGACGUGGGAGCACGGACAGCACAGAGGCGGGGAAUCUGCGACAGGAGAGAGGAACCCCGUCAACGGGCACACAAGGACCCAGAGUGGCUAAUGCCACAACAACAAAGUGCCAACACUACAAACGAGGGGAUGAGGAUGUUCCCACCGGGACCCACUACGCCUUCCCUCCUACAAGCUGCACUAUCCGCAAGGCGCAUAAGGAGCCUACAUCCCAAAAUGCGUGGCGCCAGGAGUGCCAGGGCAACUACCGCUAUGGAGAUUAUACCCCUAGGAUUGCUGCCACCAACCCUAAGGGUAACCCUGGUUCAGUCCUCUACAUGCUCGAGUGCAGUGCCAGCCCACUGUUGAUGGGCACCCGGCACGUCAUGGGCAGCGUAGGGCAGCGAGUGCCCCUACGGGAUCGCCCAGCGCACGACAACGGGCUCGAUUCGCCGAUGCACCAUUGUCGUGCCCCGGGUCCGCUCCGAGUAGGAGCAGCGGGCAUCGAGAUGCGACAGAUUCAUAUGAUGGCUCUUCUGGCUGCUGCAGUCUUAGCAUCCAUGGUAUUCCUAUUCAGUACUCCCAAAAAAUAUGGAAUGAUCCUGUCGGAUGUGUUCCAGAAAGAAGGAAGAGAAAGAAUAGUUAAGAUGAACUGUACAUCAUUACUUGAUUCUAUCAAUCCACCAUUUCCCGCAGUACUAAUUGAUUUACCUACUCUGGAAGCACUUAAACAGAACCAAUGUAGCACGAAUGAGCACAGUGUACGGGUGGCCGUAGAUGCUCAACAUCUGAACAAAAUUCGAAAGGCUGAUUUCCCUAAUUACGAUAUUUUGUACUACGAGAAGCCGAGCUGUAAAGAUUAUUUGCGGUUUUUUGACAAAGAAACAAGAAUUAUUCCGAGGAUAGAUUUCGCCGUCUACAGAAACUUCUCCAUCCCCGCAAAUUUUAAACAUUUUACUGAGUUCUGGAAAAGAUCAGAGCUGGUGGAUUGUAUUGGAAUGAAGGUAGCGCGACCACCAAUUAAAUCAUAUCUACCCAUAGAGAAAACGUUGCGAACAAUGUCCUCUCUUAUGAUGCACUUGAUCUCGUUCGAUAUCUAUCCAUUUCUGAAUGGUGGAAGUUUAUUGGGAUGGUUUCGUGAGUGCGCUAUUAUACCACACACGUAUGAUGCCGAUUUCGCGGCACACAUAGAAGAAUACAAGCCAGAACUUCUCAGUGAUCUACAAAGCAACGGAACUAAAUUCUUCCUAAAACGAAAAUUCGGAAGGCCGAACGACACCUACGAAUUCACUAUUCGACCACUGGAUGGGGGGCGUCCUUCUAUUGACCUUUUCUGGAUGUACACAGCAGAAAAUGAAACGUGGGUUGGAGGGACUGCUGGAGAUGGUUCGAAGUACAAGUACACUUACCCGAAGACGAAGACGUGCGCAGGUGAUUUAUUAGGACACAUUUUCUGGGUGUCAUGCGAUCCCGAGUUGGUCCUCAAGGCAGAAUACGGUCCUGAGUGGUACAACGACUUCUCCACAAAUAGAUUCUCAUGGAAAUCAUCUCAAUUCAACGUAAAGCCGAAUGGGAAGUGGACAGCUGAAGAGAUGAAGGAAGUGUAUAAAGUUUACUGA